AUGGCUCGUGUUGGGGCUGUCUUUUAUGAAGCUUUUUUUAAAAAACCCGAAGAUAUAAUUCGCCCUCACCCUUAUACUGAUGCGCCAUGGUCAGAUGCCGAAAAUUACGAUGAAGCAAUCCCUCCGGCUUCUAUAGAUGAGGUCUUAGAUAUUAUUAGAUCUCGUGUUAAAAAGAAAUCAUGCGAUGCGCACGGUAUAUCUAAUUUUAUGUUUAACUACUUACCACUCUUGUAUUGGUCCUUGUUAUUAAAAAUCUUUAAUUUCUCAUUUAACGAGGCUAUUUUACCAUCAGCGUGGAGUGAUGUUAGAAUGCUACUACUAGCGAAAAAAGAGUCGAUCUGUAUCCCGUCUCAAACUCGUCCUAUUUCUUUGUUGGAUGUAUUUUUGAAAGUCGACGAAAAACUAUUUCUAACGAGAUUUCGUAAUAUAUUAACUAGAAGAGGUCUCUUACCAGAUAUCCAAUCGGGAUUCAGAGAAAAAUUUCGUCUGCAAACGAGGGUACUUCUAUUUCUGGAACAGGUGUCGUCGAUGAUGGCAAAUAGUUCACCAGUAGCGACCGUAUUUAUUGAUUUUAAAUCGGCGUUCGAUCAGUUAUGGUUCGAGGGCUGCUUGGGUAAACUUAGAAGGAUGGGAAUACCCAGAGCCUAUUUGAAUUGGAUAAAAUCAUGGUUAGAGAAUCGAAGAGCCUUCAUUGAAAUCCAAGGAAGGAAGUCACGAUGGUUUUUUAUUCAAAGAGGUGGCCCUCAAGGAUCCAUCAUUACUCCUACGAUAUUUAUCACUUACCACGCGGAUAUGGGCGACUUUCUAAACUAUUGUUCAAGCUUUUUAUUUGCUGAUGAUUUAGCUGCAGUUCUAGCUGGACGAAUAGGGGUUAGGUACACAGAACAGUGCAUGGAUUUGGGAAGAAGACUGAAAUUGUUAUGCGAUCAGUUAGAAUUUUAUGCUAUUUUAUCUGUACAGCCGGUAAACUUCUUAAAAACAGAAGCAUUAUGGUCUGCAAGAGCUAUCGGAUCUCCAAAAUUUAGCAUAACAUUAGGAGGUAACUGUAUUAACUAG